AUGAACGCGUUACCUUCAUUCCUGCAGCCUGCCGUCCGCAGAGGCCCUCGGUACUCCACGCGACCAUUCUACACAAGCAUCCUUGUGUUCACCACCCUUGUGGCUCUUACGUUCGCUGUAAGAAGUAUUGGAACGGGACAGAUACAUCAGCGCACAGCAGCGGGUGUCCCUCUCCUCAAGCGGGAAGAGGAACCAGAGUGCCGCCUAGUCCGAGACGUCAAGGAUCAGUGUUCAUAUGUUCGCGACAAUUGUCCCGACCAUCAAGAUGGCCUACUCUCUUAUCUUCAGCUAUAUUAUUGCUCCUUGUCCGAUGCGAAGCCGGUGGCCUUCAUAAUCUUGAUUCUUUGGCUGUCGCUUCUAUUCAGUACCAUCGGGAUCGCGGCCAGUGAUUUCUUGUGCAUUGAUCUGAGUACUCUGGCUAGCGUUUUGGGGUUGAGCGAAAGCCUAACGGGCGUUACGUUCCUCGCAUUUGGAAAUGGCAGUCCCGAUGUCUUCUCGACCUUUGCUGCAAUGCGGUCGAACAGCGGAAGUCUCGCGAUUGGUGAAUUGAUUGGCGCGGCCAGUUUCAUCACGUCUGUAGUUGCAGGCUCUAUGGCUCUGGUCCGACCGUUCAGAGUGGCCCGCCGGAGCUUUGUCCGAGAUGUGGGCUACUUCAUUGUAGCUGUCAGCUUCAGUAUGUUUUUAUUGGCCGAUGGCAGGCUUCAUGUUUGGGAGUCAGCUGCAAUGGUGGCCUUGUAUGUCUUUUAUGUUUUCAUGGUCGUGACCUGGCAUUGGUAUUUGGUUCGCCGCCGCCGAAGGUAUGAACGAGACCUUGCCGCGCGAACUCAUUUCCACAUUCCGGACAACCAGGAGCUGGAGGUAGAACAACCCAUUGAAGACGACGACCCAGGUGUGGCCUCCGAGUCACGCAGUCUUCUCCGUGGAGCAUCUACAGAUGACUUUGAUAUGUUGGAACGAGCCGAAGCAGCUCCGAUCUGGAAAGAUGAGGAAGAUGAGGACGACGAGACUCGUAACCGUUACCUGGCCGAGAUUCGCGAUAACAUGCAUGUCUAUCGGCCUCCGUAUAGAUCGAGGCGUAACACCAUUACCCCGAUUCGGCCGAGUCUCGUCGGUGCUCUGGAAUUUCAAUCGGUGCUUCAUUCCCUCCAGAAAUCACGAAGCUAUAAGCCAACCGUCAGCCUGAGCAGCUACUCAGAUGACGGCGAGAACUCUUCCCAGCCCUUUGACACCCGGUCGAUUGCAUCGCACCCUCGCGCGAGCAGAUCUACGGGAUAUAAUGACCGUCUGUCACCCAACAGCGCAGAAGGUGCUCGAGCACGAGCUGUGUCGGCCAACGAUGCCGAUGGGUUGAGGCUUGAUACCAGCGUGUUGAACCGACGAACCGCCGAACCUCCGCGUCUCACUGUGAGUCGGCCUUCAAACGAUAUAGCCAUGGGGCCGCCUGGAUUUCUCCGCAUAGAUACCAGCGCAGCCUUGACUGCCUCUCCGUCAUCGUCUGAGCUUUCCUUACCGAUUCAAAAUCCUGUGGACGCCGAUGCAUUCAACUCUCCCAAUUACCAAACUGGGGCAACUCAUGAACUUUCUCCACGUUCGAUAUCCCCCAGGGGUGGAACCGGCAGUUAUAAUUCUGCAUAUACCACAGAGAGCCCAGCUGCGCCGUUCCCCGCGUUCGUUGAUGGACCCUCUCCUCCCCAUUCUCGCCCACCUAGUAUUUGUCUGCCCAACCCGGAAACGAGCCCGUCAGAACAGUUGCUAUUUCACGAUGGCCCCGAUGAGAUGGUCGGCGAUAGCUCCUCAUUCCGGUUCUCCCCCAAAAGGUUGUGGCCUUCAACCUUUCCUCCACCGAAGCGGAUCGGCUGCACCCUCUUCCCUACCUUGGCUAGCUGGAAAUCCAAGGGCAUCGCCGAGCGUUUGCUGGGAAUUGUCGCAGCGCCCAGCGUAUUCCUGCUCACGAUAACCGUUCCAAUUAUUGAGCCUCAAGGUCCCGAGUCUGUGGAUCCCGAUCCGGUGCCGGCCGUGGUCAUUGAGCGGGUUGGAGACGACGAACACCAAGCUCCCAGGAUUCGACUGCCGGCUGAUAGCCCAGUAAUUCACCCGGGCCAUGACCGUCAAAGCUCUUUCCAAGAUUAUCAGACUUCUCGCUCACACCGCAAGUCGCAUUCUGAACAUCACCGCCUCAGUCGUCCACGUUGGGACUCGGAACUUCCAGCCCCACCACCACUACUCAAUACCUCAGACUGCCAUCUACCAGUCAAAGACUGGAACCGCUGGCUCAUUGGAAUCCAACUCUUCACUGGUCCCUUUUUCUUCACCCUCAUCGCGUGGACCACCGUCGACGAAGACAAUGACCCUCGCAACCUCAUUCUACCAGCCCUGGUAUCCCUCCUGUUCUCAUUCCUCUGCCUCACAGCUCUCCUCGUCUCAACUCGCCGCCGUCCCUGGCACGAAAACAACGCGCAGUCCGAGCAGGAUCCCUCAGAACAGCACACCCCUCCCCUCCCGGUCUCAUGGCGUCCUUUCCUAGCCCUCCUGGGCUUCCUAGUCGCCAUAGCGUGGAUCGCAACUAUCGCCACCGAAGUCGUGUCCCUUCUGAAGACCAUCGGCGUCAUUCUGGACAUUUCAGACUCUCUACUGGGAUUGACCGUCUUCGCAGUCGGCAACUCUCUCGGCGAUCUCGUCGCUGAUAUCACAGUCGCAAGACUUGGAUACCCCGUCAUGGCACUGAGCGCAUGCUUCGGUGGCCCAAUGCUUAACAUCUUACUUGGAAUCGGCCUGGGCGGACUAUACAUGACCAUGAACGGUGGCCAUGCGCCUCGCGGACACAAUGAGAUCGUUACCCGAGCUCCCUAUGAGAUUGCCAUUUCCAAAGUAUUGGUCAUCAGUGGAGCUACCUUGUUAGUUGUCCUCGUGGGUCUUCUCAUCGUUAUUCCCUUGAACGGCUGGAGAAUGGAUCGCAAGAUCGGGUGGGGGUUGAUUGUGGUUUGGUGUUUGAGUACGGUUGGGAACGUGAUUGCGGAGGUUACAUAA